AGUAACAAAAAUACGGAAGGAGCCGGUGUGAGGUCAGGUGACACCACUGGACCGCAGCUGUUCUCCGGUGUUAUUGUUUUAAGAUUACCAAAAACACCCUGCAUUAUGGAGGACCAGGAGAUGCAACUGAAAGUCAGGCGAGUGACUGAUAAAUUCACGGAGAGCAUGUAUGUCCUGGCCAACGAGCCUUCAGUGGCUCUGUACAGACUGCAGGAGCACGUCAGGAGGUCUCUACCGGAGCUGGUGCAACACAAGACGGACAUGCAGAGUUGGGAGGAGCAGAGUCAAGGAGCAAUCUAUACUGUGGAGUAUGCAUGCAGUGCUGUGAAGAGCAUGACAAACAGCAGUUUGUAUUUCAAAAACAUAGAUGGACUGCUUCGGCAGACCAUCAGCAUGAAGGAGCAGAUUAGCAGCUCUCAAGGACGCAGCUUAUGUGACGUGAAACCCCCUCCUAGUCCCCUUGUCUCUGCUCCUCAUGUUCCAUCCACCUCCUCAUGACCUCUGGACAGAGGUGUCUAAGGAAAAGGACCAUGGACUCAGGUAUGCCAAAGGAAGGAGGAGAAAAACACAGCUCUGGGAUGUGAUGUGACUUCCUGAGAGCUGGUGGUCUUCAUUUCGCAGUCCUACAACGUAUACGUGUAGUGGCUGAAGUGGGGUCAUGAGGGCAACACCUCCCCUUCACAAUGGAUCGGCUGCCUCCACUAACCCCCCCUACCCUCCACCCCCCCACGCCAGUACAAGCCGCUCAAUGGAACACAGCACCACGGCACUGCCAGGUUCAGCAUUAAAAACACUUAAGUCAUGGACGUUGCUCAAAGAAUGCAUUGUUCUCUUGGACUCGCUGGACAGACCGGAAAGAAAACUGCAGCGCUGUUUCGGCCACUGCUAUUGAAAAUCCACUGUACCACCAGUGUCCUGUUAUAUUUAAUAUUACCGUUAGCUUUCAUGCAGAACAGCAGUGCACAGUUGUAAUGUCUAUGACAGAUUAAGGGACUCUGCUUUCUGUUAAUGGAGAAAAUCUACAAUAUUUAUUUAUGUUCUCAUUACCUGCCAAGUAUACAGCAACACCCAGGCAGAACAGACCCACGGCCACAUGUCGAACCGCUCUGCUGUCCAAAAGGAACCAGUCCGCCCUGUGGGGAGAAAAGAUACUGUCAUUAUGUUGAAUGUAAGGGAUCAGCAUUUCCACUUAUUGUUCAAUCAGUGCACAAAUGAAGACAUUUUACAGAACAAACUUUCUGUGUCGACAGUCUUCAUCUUUUUUUUUUUCUCCACCUCAUUUGCACCUGCAUUACACAAUCGAAAUGCUUUACUUCUCUCCUGAAAAGUUUCUCCUUCAGAACUUUGUAAAGUUAUUAUAAGCUCUGUUCAAUUUGCCAAUACUUUUGCGAAGCUCAUUAUUAUUCAGAUUGUCUUGGAAUGUGCCCUCUGUCAGUGGGGAGGUCCUGGGUUAUGCUACUGGAUUUGUAAGCCAACGUGGGAAAAGGCCAGCUAGAGGGCCGUGUGCUGGGUGCAUAAUGAGAGGAAGGCUAUUGUUUAGGCGGAUUCGUAGGGUUUGAGAGGUGGGGGUGGGCGACAACUCUGCAGUGUGGGCCUCUGACAUGUAAGGGAGCCUCUUUCAUUCCAAUGCAACUGAGUUUUCUGGUGAUUGAACACAUAAUACUAGAAUAUGAGGUGCACUGAAUAAUCAAAUGGAAAGUGGAUUGCAAUAGUCUUACAAAAGCCUAAAAAAUAAAAUGAUUUUUU